AUGCUCGACAUCUUAAGCCGUCGUCUCCAGCAACCCGAUGCUUUGGCUUCGUCUACCAUUCUUCUUGAUGGUUUUCCUCGCACUCUGCAUCAAGCCAAGGCCUUGAACAAAAUGCUCACAGUCGAUCGUGUCGUUCUCCUGCAGGCGCAAGAAGAGCUGUGCGUUGAUCGUAUCAAUCAUCGUCGAAUUGAUCCAGUCAGUCAUCUCAGUUAUCACACGCUACUGAUUCCUGCAUCGACUGCCCAAGUAGCAGCACGUCUCGUUCGACGCGAAACUGAUCUGGACGAAAACAAAAUUCGUGGUCGUCUUCAAUUUUUCCAGCAGAAUUUGGCUUCGAUUCUGGCCGUUUUCCCUGGCAAGCUCUUUGCUCUUAAUUCGGCGGUCAGUAUCCAGGAAGAGUUGUCCGCGUUGCAGCAAAUCUUGUCUGAGCCCAUCGUCGUUGAGGCUCGCAAAGAUCCGGAUCCUUCGUCAAUGCCUGUCAAUCCCAAUUCGAACAACAAAGUUGCUAAAUCAUUGUGUGUUGUUUGCAUGGACGAAGAAGCGGAUGAAGUGGUCUUACCAUGUGGUCAUCUCUGCGGUUGUGAGCCCUGCUUGAAGAUGUUGCUCAACAGUGGAGCCAAGUGUCCCAUUUGUCGUGCACACAUGAACUCGGUUGUCAAAGUAUUCCAGAGUGGAGUUGUGGAAGAAGACAUGCAAGUGGAGCAAAAACAACCUGAGGUUGUGCCUGCACAGGAUGAGGAUGAUGGAAAUUGGUCCUUGGUACAGCAAUCCCUGUCUGUUGCAUCUGAGGGUGCAUCUUCGUCCUCCGCUCGCCCUGCUCUCUCCAUGGCUCCAGCUGUCAAAUGGGUCAAUGAUCAAGUCCCUCUCCCUAUUGCCGUUUCCAUUGCUAUUCCGGACAUGGCUCAGCGUUCACAAGUGGAUAUUUGUUGUGUCAUUGAUGUGAGUGGCUCUAUGGGGGAAGAUGCCAAAUUCCAGGACCCGAACGAUGCCUCCAAAUUUGUCAGUGAAGGUAUGAACCAACUGGACAUUGUCAAGCAUUCGGUCAAGACAGUCAUUCACACAUUGACUGAUCAAGAUCGUCUCAGUUUAGUGGCGUUUCAUGAUGAAGCGCGUUCGGUCUUUACGCUUUCUGAAAUGAAUGAGGGUGGAAAGAGGCAAGCCAUUGAUGCUCUGGAGACGUUGGAGCCACAAAACUCCACCAAUAUUUGGUAUGAUUCUUUUUUGUUUGUUUGUGUGAAAUUGAUAUUCAUGUCUUUGUUUUUUUGUUUUUGUUUGUUCCAGGGCGGGUCUGGAAGCUGGUCUUGAAUCUCUUCGCACUGCUCGUGCUUCUCCACGACGUUGUUUCAUUUUGAUUCUCACGGAUGGUCAACCCACGAUCUCUCCUCCUGGUGGAGAGAAUAUGGCUUUGCGCUCUUAUUUUGAAGCUCAUGCUGGAUUCACUUGCAGUGUCUCGACUUUCGGAUUUGGAUAUGAACUCAAGAGCAAGAUGCUAUUGGAUGUGGCCAGAGAAGGCAAAGGCACCUUUGCAUUUAUUCCUGAUGCCAAAAUUGUGGGUACUUGUUUCGUGAAUUUUGUGGCCAAUGCUUGUACCAACCUAGC